GUGGCGACAUGGAUAUCAACAGGGUUAGCAAUUGAAGAGGCUCAGAUUGCAUUGCUCAUCGAGGUCCGAAGGAUCGGAAGAAGAUCCACCGAGACACAGAGAUUAGACAUCGCCCGUCAAAGAGAUCGGCUCCAAGGCCAGAUAGAUGGAUUUGCUCGGUCUGCUCUAACACAUCUCGGGGAGGGAUUUGAUGCAGAUGAUGAACCUGAAGACUUGGACGUAGACAUUCUAGAUGAUCUCGAUGAUGAGCCGGCGGAUUUCACAGAGACAUCUCACACAUGGACAAACUCUCCCGAGCUAACUGUAAUCCCAUUGCCAUCAAACCUGGGGGUUGAUAGAUGCAGACGAUGCAUGGCAGAGGAUCUGAUUCCCCUGGAGAUGUCGCUUCGUGAAGGGCAGGCCAAUGAUGCCCUUCACAAUCUCCGCAUUUACCUUUGCAACAAGGCCAUCCUGUUCCGAACAACCGUUAGGCAGGCCAAUUCCCAGGCCCUGAAAACUCGAGCUUGGUCCCAGGUGACGUCGGUGCAGCAGGCAGUCUCCCUCCAUGCCAGCAUAUAUACAAAGACAAGGAAGCAAAUGAUGAAACUUGAGCCGGGGCAAGACCAGCUUCAGAAAUACAAACCCCUGCUUCGCGAGCAACUCAAAAUCAGCACUGCAGUGGGCGACCCAAAUGCCCGAGGUCAACGAAAUGAAUCUUUGGCUUGGUUUUGGUCUGUUGAAGUCGACCUCGGGGGUCCUGAUCAAUCGUGGAAUGAAGAAUUUUACCGAGUCCAUUGGCUGAGGGCAAAGGCACUACGGGAUCGAUGGAGGGAAGAAAUGCUAUUGGUCACAUUCGAGAUGGAUUGGACAUGUAAGUUCUUUUUGUGGAAAACAACCAUAUGGGGCGAGCACAUGCAGGAAUCAUUGGAGAAACGACUUCCGGGUCACGGAUGCUACGCCGGAAGGCAAUCCCACAUGUAUUCAUUGCUGGCACAGGAUGCGCAGGCAGCUUUUCAAGACCUACAAAACGUGUUGAUAGAGGCUGGAGAUGAAUGA